AUAAACAGUUUGAAGCAAGACUUGCUUCCUGUUGGGAAGACAUUCAACCAGCGUCACUUUUCAAGAGAAGAAUUCCAUUAUUUGACCGCACCUCGAGUGGGGCUAUUCAUUUUGUACGACCUGUUAGAUUGUACAUUUGAAUGUGUCAGAAACGCUUUGUGCCUUGCGAUAAACAUGGCCGCCUCCAAAGGAGCAAAUGGAGAGUUUUGGUGCGAAUUGGUGUCCUCUGAUAAGUACAGAGACACUGGGAAUUACAACGAAAACAAGAGUUCGCAACAUUUGUCUUUUCAGGUAAGAACUCUUUCUAACGCAGUUGCAGCUGAUAAUUUUAAAAAGAUUUUCAUCAAAAGUACUGUCCAGGUAUUUCAUGGUCUUUACGAAAGAUACUUUCUGUUUAUUCCAGUCUCCUUGUUCUUCUUCGCCAUGCCUAAACGGGGGAAUCUGCAUCCCUAAUUACAAAUACAAUUCUUACGACUGUCGCUGUGAACAAGGUUUCUAUGGGGACUAUUGUGAGAAAGGUAAAUAUGACAUAACGCACGCAUGA